AAAAGCAGCUAAAAACAAUAACAUCAAUGCUAUGAUGAAGCUUAGUUAUUGUUAUUUAAAUGGAAUUGGUAUUGAAAAGAAUACUAAUGAAGCUUACAAAUGGUUUUUGAAGUCAAUUAAUUAUUCUGAAAAAAAUCAUCAAUAUAUUCAUUACCUGAUUGUAAUCUUAAAUAAUGAGUAUAUUUUAUUUUUAAAAAAUACAAGUUAUCAAUGGUAUUUAAAUAUUUCAUUCAUUGUAAUAGUGGCAAUUGCUAUUGCUGUAGGUUAUUUUUUAGACAUGAUAAGAAAAUCAAAUCUUAUUGAUAAUGUUAGUAAAAAUGACAAUAUUAGUAAAAUAAUUUCACCUUUUUUAUCAGGAAUCAGUAUUAUUGUACCUAUCAUUACUUCUUAUUUAAAUAAGUUUUCAAAAAAAGAAAUUGAAAAAAAUAUUCAACUGUUAUAG